UCUUUGGUUUGACGUCACCGAUGCUGUGAGACAGUCGGGUCAGCUCAGCUACUGCGUCCCUAGCAAAAAGACGUAGCUAGCUAACACAGCUAUCAAACAUUCAAUUUAAUUAGAAGGAACACUCUCGUUUUACACAAUUAUAUAACAUAUUAGAAGAACUGUGUCCUCGGUAAAAUGAAGAGGCGAACACACUUUGGUUUUGUGCUGGUUUUUUCGCUAAUUUCGUAUUUAUGUUUGUGCUCGGCGUUUUAUCUUCCGGGUUUAGCCCCAGUGAGUUUUUGUGAAGACGGCAGUGGCGGUGAAGAUUGUCAGACAGUGAUUCAGCUGUUCGUCAAUCGCCUGGACUCGGUAGAGUCAGUCCUGCCUUACGAGUAUGAUGUGUUUGACUUUUGCAAAGAUAUGAAGGAGACGAGGCCUUCUGAGAACCUUGGACAGGUCCUGUUUGGUGAACGAAUUGAGUCUUCACCAUACAAGGUGAGCUUCAAAAAAGAUGUUAAAUGCCAGACUGUGUGCACAAAGAAUUACCAGAAAACCAACCAGGAGAAUGUAGCCAAACUGGAUUUUCUUAAAAUGGGAAUGCAGCUGAACUACCAGCACCACUGGAUAAUUGACAACAUGCCAGUGACAUGGUGCUAUGAUGUGGAAGAUGGCCAGAAGUACUGCAAUCCGGGCUUCCCCAUUGGCUGCCUCGUUACCUCAGAUGGCCGAGCUAAAGAUGCUUGUGUUAUCAAUUCUGAGUUCAACAAGAAGAAUACAUUUUACGUCUUCAAUCAUGUGGACAUCAAGAUCACUUACCACAAUGGAGCAUCAGAAGGAUGGAGAGGGGCUCGGCUGGUCGCUGCCACUUUGGAGCCAAAGAGUAUUAAACAUGCAGAUGACAAACACCCCAAUUGUGAAGGAGGAACCCCCAUGGAGGUCCCUGGGGUGUUUGAAAAUGAUGUAGCUAUAACUUACACCUACUCUGUCACAUUCGAGGAAAACAAUGAAAUAAAGUGGGCCUCUAGGUGGGACUACAUCCUGGUCUCCAUGCCUCACACCAACAUCCAGUGGUUUAGCAUCAUGAACUCCUUGGUCAUCGUCCUCUUCCUGUCUGGCAUGGUUGCUAUGAUCAUGCUGAGAACCCUGCACAAGGACAUUGCCAGAUACAACCAGGUGGACCAGGCAGACUUGAUAAAGCUUCCACCAACCAAGGAAAAAUUCUCUAUACCCUACGAGGACGCUCAGGAGGAGUCGGGGUGGAAACAGGUGCACGGGGAUGUUUUCCGUCCCCCCAGGAAAGGCAUGGUGUUGUCUGUGUUCCUCGGACAGGGCACCCAGAUCUUCAUCAUGACCUUCAUCACUCUCUUCCUGGCCUGUCUGGGUUUCCUGUCACCGGCCAACAGAGGGGCGCUCAUGACGUGUUCUGUGGUCCUCUGGGUUCUGCUGGGAACACCUGCUGGCUAUGUGUCUGCGCGCCUCUACAAAACUUUUGGAGGUGAAAAGUGGAAGACAAAUGUCUUGCUGACGGCACUCCUGUGCCCCGGUAUUGUGUUUGCAGACUUCUUCCUGAUGAACUUGAUCCUUUGGGUGGAGGGUUCCUCAGCAGCAAUCCCCUUUGGCACUCUGGUGGCCAUUUUGGCUCUGUGGUUCGGAAUCUCUGUGCCCCUCACUUUCGUUGGUGCCUACUUCGGAUUCAAGAAAGCUGCAAUUGAGCAACCAGUGAGAACAAACCAAAUCCCCCGUCAAAUUCCUGAGCAGUCAUUCUUUACCAAGCCUAUUCCUGGGAUAGUGAUGGGGGGCAUCCUGCCCUUUGGAUGCAUCUUCAUCCAGCUUUUCUUCAUUCUCAACAGUAUUUGGUCUCAUCAGAUGUACUACAUGUUCGGGUUCCUGUUCCUGGUCUUCAUUAUACUUCUCAUCACAUGCUCCGAGGCCACAAUUCUGCUUUGCUACUUCCACCUAUGUGCUGAGGACUAUCACUGGUGGUGGCGUUCCUUCCUGACCAGCGGCUUCACAGCAGUCUAUCUGUUUAUCUACGCUGUGCAUUACUUCUUCUCGAAGCUUCAAAUAGUUGGAGCUGCCAGCACCAUCCUCUACUUUGGAUACACUAUGAUUAUGGUCCUCAUCUUCUUCCUCUUCACAGGUACAAUUGGCUUCUUCGCCUGCUUCUGGUUUGUAAAUAAGAUCUACAGUGUGGUCAAGGUGGACUAGAGGACUGAGGGAAAGACUGACUCCUUCCUGUCGCAGUACUGCCUCCGUCAGUGCUGGCUGGGUGAUAAAGUGGUCUGAAUGGCCCCCGAACUGAAACCAUCACUUAUCAUAGAAAAGACCCGAAGAGCAGAGCCCGUCCUCUUUUGUGCUUUAAACCUAUGUUGCUAUUGUCUUUUUUUUAUUUUAUGUUUUAAAUAUAUAUCAUUUUGUCUUCACUGUUGACCAGUAAUAUUUGAGUGGCACCUUGAAAAUCAGUGUGGGUUCCAAUGAUCUAUCUAGCUGUCUAUCUAGUGAAGAGCUUGUUUUGGUGAGUUUAACAAGAAAAGCUGAAAUGUUUUCUAAAGAGAGUAAAAUGUUAUGGAUUUUUGCUUUUCUAUUCCCUUAUGGUUAAAUGUUUUGUUUUCUUCAUAUAGAUGAACAAAAUGUGUGUACAUAUACUGUAUAGAGAGAGUGAGCAAGAGAAUGCUACUUAAAGAUUGUCACCAUUAUCGGAUCAUCUGUAGGAGUUUCUUUUUCUUUUCUUUUUUUAAGGUGAAGAUGGGGCUUUACAUCCUUAAAUAUCAGCCUGUAUUGUAGUUCAGAAAUUAUAUAAAACACUGACAUUGAUAUGAUACAUGUCCAUUCUCUGAUUUCUUUUGAUGGCUACAUUUUGAUUUGCAUAGAAACAAAGGGUACACUUGGUUAAGAAGCACAUCUGUAUCAUAAAAUAAUAUGCUACAGCUACAGUAUGUUGCACAUGAAGGAUGAUUUUAAUCAAUAUGCCAGAUUUGUUUGGCCACAGGAGAGAUUCUAACGGAGUCCAUGAUUUUACUGAUUAAGUACAUAUGCACCGUUGAGAUGCACCCUCUCAGAUUUUAAUAAGCAGUUUGCUGAACUGUAACUUCACAAAACACUGCUGCCUUUUGCUUUGAGCAGUGUGGAGGCAUCACCCAAGGUGAUAACGUUUUUCCAAAUAAAUGCAAUUAAUUCAAAA